AUGGCAUUGUCUAUACCCAGCACCCUCACGAGACCUGUGGACAGAAGCUUUCCCAUUGACAGGCUUCCUAUAAGCCCCCCCACCAUAGGCCCUUAUUUCCCCUCAUUCUUGCCCCAUGGUCACUACCUGGGCAUCCUGGCAAACCCUCAUGACAUGUUCAAUCCUUUGAAGUCACUGGGCAGACUGGUCAGCAAAUCUUCACCAUUAGGAGCCUUCAAUUUCAGAGAGCUUCCCUCUGUCCUCACCCAGAGUUCUCCCCCCAGCCAGACCCCGUUCAGCCCUUUGCCCAAUCCAUAUACCAUCUUCAGUAAAGUGCAGCCUGGACUGAGCAGUAAGGAGGACCUGCAGACUAAUGGACAGCAAAGGGAACCCCGAAUCCCCUCCAGCACCCCGGAGAACCCUAGAGCACACGUAGCCAUCAAGAGGUGUAAGGGGGUCUCUCUGAGUAUGGCCAGUUUAGAGGGGGCACCAAGCAGGACCUACCAGUUCACAGAGGACGAUCUGCACACUGUGCUCUAUGGGUACACCUGUGGCACCGAGGCAAAACGUGCCCAACAUGCCAUCUCUGGGCUAAGGAUACCAGCCGGCUCUGCAGGGCUGGACCCCCAAAUAUUGGACAGGGAGACCCUCCAGCUGCCAGAAGGUUUAGCCAUCAUGAAGACCAAGUAUGGGGAUAGUCCCAAAUCAGGUGUCUUCAGCACCAACAUCAUCCCCAAAGGGCUGAAAUUCGGUCCGUUUCAGGGGAAAGUGGUCAAUACAAGUGAAAUAAAAACCUAUGAUGAUAACUCACUGAUGUGGGAGAUUUUUGAGGACGGGAGGCUCAGUCACUUCAUAGACGGCAAAGGGGCAUCUGGGCAUUGGAUGGCAUUGGUGAACUGUGCCCGCUUCCCAGAGGAGCAGAACCUGAUCGCAGUGCAGAGUGAGGGGGAGAUCUACUAUGAGACCUGUAAGGAGAUUCUACCCAACCACGAGCUGCUCGUCUGGUAUGGAGAUUGCUACCUCCAGUUCCUGGGCAUCCCUGUCAGUCUGAAGGGCAUGGAUGAGGGCAGAGCCUCUUUCCAGGAAACAGAAGAGUCUGGAGAUGGAUACAAGUGUGAGCGAUGUGGCAAAGUGUUUGCCUAUAGAUAUUACCGUGACAAACACCUUAAAUAUACCCGCUGUGUGGACCAGGGGGAUAGAAAGUUUCCCUGCCAUCUGUGUCAAAGGUCAUUUGAGAAGAGGGACAGACUGAGGAUUCACAUAUUACAUGUGCAUGAGAAGCACAGACCACACAAGUGCACAGUGUGUGGGAAAAGUUUCUCUCAGUCUUCCAGCCUGAACAAACACAUGAGAGUCCAUUCCGGGGAGAGACCUUAUAAAUGUGUCUACUGCAACAAGGCAUUUACAGCAUCCAGUAUCCUUCGCACUCAUAUCCGGCAACAUUCGGGUGAGAAGCCUUUCAAGUGCAAACACUGUGGCAAAGCCUUUGCCUCUCACGCUGCUCAUGACAGCCAUGUUCGCCGAACUCACAUUAAAGAGAAGGGAUACAGCUGUACACUGUGCGGACAGAACUUCGUAGAGUUGGAGGAGUUCCGAUAUCACAUGCAGAUCCACUCUGCUCUCUAA